AAAAAAUAUUUAAAAUGGAAAAGGUAAAGGUGGAAAAUAUCGUGAUUCUCAUCAUGAAAUGCACAUAUGGAAUGAGAGAGAAAGGAGAAAGAAAAUAAGGAACAUGUUUUCUAGCCUUCAUGCUUUGCUUCCAGAUCUGCCCUCUAAGGUUGAUAAGUCAACCAUUGUGGAUGCAGCAGUGAAAGAAAUAAAAAAUUUACAACAGAUUCUUGAAAAUCUAGAAAAGAAGAAGAAAGACAAGCUUAGAUCUAUGUCCCCAUUUGUGAGUGAGUCUUCAUUUGUGAUGAACUCCCAAUUGAAUUCAUAUGAAUCAACGAAAACUAUCAUAAUUGAUCAGGGGUCCUAUAGUUAUAAUAAUAAAUUUCUGAUUAGUGUAAAUGAAACUUCAAAUACGUUAUCGCUUUAUGCACCUCCACCGAAACAAGUAGCUUUUCAAACUUGGUCUUCUAAAAAAUUUAUAUUGAACAUUUGUGGGGGCGAAGCACAAUUCUGCAUAUGUGCAACUAAGAAGCAGGGGGUCUUGACAAAAAUUGCUUUUGUGUUGGAGAAACAUAUGAUUGAUGUUGUAUCUAUCAACUUUAUGCGCAAUGGAAAUGGAAAUGUGUACAUGAUUCUAGUUCAUGCAAGCAAAGGUUCAUAUGACACAAAUUCAAUGGAGAAAACUUACAAGCAAGCGGCUGGAGAAAUUUUGAUGUUGAUAUCUUAA